AAAGAGAUACAGGACACGUGGAUGCACGAGGUUGUCAUAAAUUCAUCUAGAAGAUACAUGAGCCACUAGAAAGUGGGCCCCUCCUAAUCCCAACUCAAACUCACAGUGAGUGUGUGUUAACAACCAUUUCUUUCUUUCCAUCUUCCUCUUCCACUAAUCCACUUGUACAGUUUUUCGUUUUGUAAUUCCCAGAUUUUGGUAAUAAUCACAGUUCAAAUUCUGUUUUUGUUUAGUCUAGAUUAGAAAAUUGGAAGGUCUAGUGGAAUUCGACCCAAUCCUCGUAUUAUUAUAAAAUUAAGUUUAGCGCGCAGGUUUGUAGUGUGUGAUCGGCGGCUGCAGCAGGCAGAAACAUAAGGUGGUAAGAAAAUAAUGAUGGCCACAAGUAACAGUUGCGGGUACUCCCAACUAUACCAUUACCAUUGUGAUUACCGCGCUCUUAAUAAUCAUGUGAAUCACAAUGUGAUGAGGUCUCCUUCCCUAUUUUCCAAGACUAAGCAGCUUUCGAUUAAUGGAACAUCGCUGUCAUCAUCAUUGUUAUCCGGCCUCACUGUGUCUCGUGCACUGGUUAGCUACUGCUGCUGCAGGAGCAAUAGCAGUAGCAAUCCUAACAGCAACAGAUACUGCAGGUUUGUAGUCAGAGCUACAGGAACUGAUUCGUCAUCACCCUCAGGCCAACAAGAAGAUGAAGAACAAGAAGAAGAAAAGUAUGAAGAGUAUGAGGUGGAAAUAGAUCAGCCAUUUGGAUUGAAAUUUGCCAAAGGAAGAGAUGGAGCUACCUAUAUAGAUGCGAUAGCCCCAGGGUAUUCUGCUGAUAAAACAGGAAAGUUCAGUGUAGGGGAUAAAGUCAUAGCAACCAGUGCAGUGUUUGGCACAGAAAUCUGGCCGGCUGCUGAGUAUGGUAGAACCAUGUAUACCAUCCGUCAGAGGAUUGGUCCUCUCUUCAUGAAAAUGCAGAAGCGCUUUGGAAACCUUGAUUAUGCUGGUGAGUUGUCUGAGAAGGAUAUUAUUCGCGCUGAAAGGAAUUCUGGUUUUAUCAGUGACCGUGUCAGAGAGAUUCAACGCCAAAAUUACCAGAGAAAGAUGGAGACUAAACAAAGUAGGGAAAAGGACCUCCGGGAAGGCCUCCAACUUUACAAGAGCGGAAAAUACGAGGAAGCACGAGAAAAGUUUGAAUCUGUUCUAGGUUCUAGGCCUACUCCAAAUGAAGCUUCAGUGGCUAGUUACAAUGUUGCUUGUUGCUAUUCUAAGCUUAAUCAGAUACAAGCUGGUCUAUCUGCCCUUGAAGAUGCUUUGAAAUCAGGAUAUGAAGAUUUCAAGAGAGUUCGAACUGAUCCAGACCUCGCAAACCUCAGGGGAACUUCUGAGUUUAACACCCUAAUGAAUAGGUUCGAUGAAUCAUUCAUCAAUGAAAAUGCGAUCAAUGCCAUUAAAUCUCUCUUUGGAUUCAACAAGUAGAAGGUCAAUUUUGUAACACUUUAUUUUUCAUUACGGUUGGUUAUGUAUUUACACUGUUUGAUAACACUAAAAAAGAGAGAAAUUUGUCCUCUUACAUUCAUUUAACGAAGAGAUACUUGCUUUGUUAAA